UCACUUUUAAGAGUGGUCCCGGCCUGACCACACAGUUGGUUAAUCCUGCAAGGAAUUCACACAGAAAAAUAAGCCUUGAUCCAGUUUGUUAAAUACAGUGAAGUGGGAGAUUCACAGAGAGUUCUGCACAAGACCUUGAGGAAUCAUUAGCAGAAUGCAUCUCUCCUCAAAUACACCCUUUAAACAUGAAGACCUAAAGAUGAAAUCGGUUGCAUUUGUAGGGUGCCUCUUGCUUGCUUUUGCAGAUGUGGGAGAGACGACACAUCCCAGAGAAACUGGUUGGACUGGUUCGCUUUUAGUGGUGCCCAUGGACGGAAGUCACUGGACUGGUGUGAAAGCCGUAGCAGAGGAGAUGGGUCGCAGGGGUCACAAAGUGAUGGUGGUCAUUCCAGAGGUCAGUAUACUGCUAGGACCUGGUAAACACUACGCUACUAGAACGUUUCCGGUUCCAUAUGGACAGCAACAACUGGAUGAACUCAAAGCUCGAAAUGCUGAGGUGAUGGAUAAUAAGCAGCAGCCUCUGUUGGAGAAGAUCAGCACCAGAAUCAGUAACAUGAGGACAUUUGUGGACCUCCAAAGGGCCACAGCUGAGAGUCUCCUCUUAAACCAAGAGCUUGUGGAUUUCCUGAGGAAGCAGAAUUUUGAUGCGGUACUCACCAGCCCAACUGUGCCAACUGGUGCCAUCCUGGCUUAUAACCUCUCCUUGCCUGCUGUCUAUAUGUUGCGAGGCUUACCCUGCGGACUAGACUCGACGGCCACAGCCUGCCCAAACCCUCCCUCUUACAUCCCACGGUUCUUUACACACUAUUCGGACCGUAUGUCUUUUCGUCAACGUGUGCUGAACGUUCUAGUGAGCAUCUUGGAGCCUUUGUUCUGCAGACUGAUAUAUUGGUCUACUGAGGAUGUAGCCUCCCGUUUCCUGCAGAGAGAUGUAAGUGUGGUGGAGAUCCUGCAAAGUGGAGCUCUAUGGCUGCUGCGGUAUGAUUUCAACCUGGAGUUUCCUAAACCCUUGAUGCCAAACAUGGUUCUAAUCGGGGGGAUUAACUGUGCCGUGAAACGGCCUCUGAUUAAGGAGGUGGAGGAAUUUGUCAAGGGUUCUGGAGAGCAUGGUAUUGUGGUGUUCAGUCUUGGUUCUCUGGUCUCUUCCAUGCCAAAAGAAAAAGCUGCCAUCUUCUUCGAGGCUUUCAGUAUGAUUCCACAGAGGGUUCUGUGGCGGUAUACGGGUGAGAUCCCUGAUAAUGUCCCUGAAAACGUUAAACUGAUGAAGUGGCUUCCACAGAAUGACUUACUUGGUCACCCCAAAGCAAAAGCCUUUAUCACUCACGGUGGGACGCAUGGAAUCUAUGAGGGCAUCUGUCAUGGUGUUCCAAUGGUGAUGCUUCCCCUUUUUGGUGACCAGGGUGACAACGUGCACCGCGUUGCAACUCGAGGGGUGGGAGUGAUCCUCAACAUCCAUGACAUCACUGUACAAACACUGGUCGAUGCUCUCAAUGCAGUUAUUAAUGACAGCAGCUAUAAGCAAAAAAUGGAGAAGCUGUCGGCCAUACACAAUGACCGUCCCAUCCAGCCCUUGGAUCUCGCUGUGUACUGGACAGAGUUUGUUAUGAGACACAAGGGGGCCGAGCAUCUGAGACCUGCUGCCCAUGACCUCAACUGGCUUCAGUACCACAGCCUGGAUGUGAUUGGCUUUCUGCUCUUUAUUGUACUGAUUGUAACUCUAGUAACAUUUAAAUGCUGUGGUCUGUGCUGGAGACGCUGCUGUAGAAAAACGCAGAAAAGGAAGGAAGACUGAUCGUAUAGAGAUAAAAAAGUGGUAUUUGCUUAUAAAAGCAAACAUUUUCUACAUCUACCGUUUCAGUUCCACAAUGCUAAAGUCAUGAGAAGCCUGACUUCCAUCAGCUGACAACUGAGCCAAAGGUUUUUGUUUUUUUUAAACUGCAGUUUUGUAAACAUGGAUCACACAUUAAUAUUUUGAAGCAGUCUCAUGUGUAAAUAUUUUGUUUCUUUAGAUAUUAGUUUCACAUGCUUUCAUUUUGAUAUCACCGACCACUACUU